CUCGACUCCUACAAGCGGACGACUCCUCUCUAAUCUACGCCUAACACCUCUUUCUCUCCGGGCAUCCCUACACCGUUCGGCGCUUUGUUCUUCUUCAAUCCUUUCCAUUCUUAGUCAUUUGUUCAUAUCGACGCGAUUUUUAACUGCAGUACCUUUGAUACGAGAUGUUCCACCUACCCGGGACAUGCACGCUACUCAUCCUGCCCGCGCUCGCGCUGUCGGCUCCCCAGCACGGCCACCAUCACUGGCGCGACACCCCGGAACCAUCGAGCGCUACACUACCACCACCAGCCGCUCAUGUUCAGGAACCUCCAUCUCCGAUCCUUAGCGCCCAAGCAACUGAAAAUGCCCCAGCCGCCGAGCCCCCGCGCUUUACCCCAACGCUCCAACCCCGCGACGAGCCCACUCCCCAAGCCCCGUCCGCGCUCCCCGAUGCCGCGCUCCCAAUAACCGCCGGACAAGUCACGCUCAAGAACUCCUGCCCCUACCCCGUCACCCUCGAGCAAGUCCCCGCCGAAGGCUACGAGCCCAUCUCCGGCGCCUCGCUCUCCCCCAAGGCGACCUGGAACCAGACGCUCGCGCCCUGCGUCUACGGCAACACAGCGCUCAAAGUAUACCGGCUCGACGCGCCCACCUCCUCCGGCAGCAAACCCAUGCAAUUCGAGUACGGCCGCAAGCAGGCGAAGGUCUGGUACAACAUGAGCUUCGUAGACUGCGCCGUCGGCACCCCCGCGGGCGGCAUCAACAUGAGCUCGUGCGCGGGCCAGGACGGCGGCCUCAAGAUCGGGAGUAUGCGCGGGUGUAGGAUUUUUAUGUGCGAACCGGGCGAUGUGUGCUGCUCGGAGGGGUAUUGCGAUAGUAAUGCGACGACGACGAAGGUCUCGCCGAAUGCGGGGUGUGGGCCCGACCAGGGGUAUAGCGAUCCGGAGCAGUUGGGCGUUGCGAUUGAGCUUUGUGCUGCGGAGGGGUGGGCGGCGGGGAGGUGA